UUUCAGUCGAACGGAAGUAUGAAUUCAUCAGGCGAGGCACCUUUCUGGCGUGAUCAGGAAGAUAUUGUCAUAAGUGGCAUAUCAGGAAGAUUUCCAAGAUGUGAUAAUGUUCAAGAAUUUGGCGAUCUUUUGUUAGAAGGUGAAGAUCUGGUCACUGAGGACGAUUUACGUUGGCCUCCAGGAAUUUUCGACCUGCCUAAGCGGCAUGGAAAAUUAAAAGAAUUGAAAAAGUUCGACGCUCAGUAUUUCGGCGUAACACCAAAACAGGCAAAUUAUCUUGAUCCACAAAUUAGGAAAUUAUUAGAAGUAACAUUUGAAGCAAUUAUUGAUGCUGGUUAUAAUCCGGUGGAAUUGCGCGGCUCACGGACAGGUGUUUUUGUUGGUUGCUCAGUGUCAGAGACUGGUGGUGCAUUAACUCAAGAUCCUGAAACGGUCACAGGUUACACGCUAACAGGAUGCGUCCGAUCAAUGUUCAGCAAUCGUCUCAGUUUUACUUUUGAUUUACGAGGACCGUCUUUCUCCGUCGAUACUGCUUGUUCGUCUUCCCUGUGCGCAAUGCAAUUGGCAAUUGAUGCAAUACGCCAAGAACAGUGUGAAGCAGCAAUUGUUGCUGGGGCCCAUUUAAAUUUAACUCCUACUGCAGCUUUACAGUUUCUUCGAUUAGGAAUGCUUUCAGAUAAGGGUAGCUGUCGUUCAUUCGACGCAUCUGGCGAUGGGUAUUGCCGGACGGAAGCUAUAGCUGCCAUCCUACUACAAAGGGAAUCCGCUGCCAGGCGUAUAUAUGCUACAGUUUUGCAUGCAAAGAGUAAUACUGAUGGCUUUAAGGAGCAGGGAAUAACUUUUCCAUCCGGUGAACGCCAAGCUGCUUUACUUGAAGAAGUUUAUCGAGAAGCCGGUAUUGAUCCAAACGUCGUUACCUAUGUAGAAGCACAUGGCACGGGGACAAAAGUUGGCGACCCUCAAGAAGCUAAUGCAAUUUGCCAAGUUUUUUGUCAGAACAGGACGCCAGCCCUUUUAAUUGGGUCUGUUAAAUCAAAUAUGGGGCACGCUGAGCCAGCAUCAGGUCUUUGUUCAAUAGCCAAAGUUAUUAUUGCCAUGGAAACAGGGUUUAUUCCGCCAAAUUUGCAUUACACUGAGCCCAACCCAUAUAUACCAGGAUUAGUUGAUGGACGAAUUAAGGUCGUAUCCGAGAAAACCUCGUUUCCAAGAGGAAUAGUUGGAAUUAAUUCAUUUGGCUUUGGUGGUAGUAACACUCAUGUUAUACUUCGAUCUGCCAAUCACAGCGAGCGCAAACCAGCACCGACGACUUUUAUGAAAAUUGUUACAUAUGCGGGACGUACAAAUGAAGCUGUGAUGAAUAUUUUUGAUUCUAUUAUAACUAAUGCAAAUAAUCCAUACUUUCAACAGCUACUAGCAAAUCAAGCAAAUAUGCCUGCUAAAGAUUUGCCUUUUCGUGGUUAUAUGAUUCUUGAUCGUGACAAGAUACCAGUGCCAAAAGAGGUUAAAAGAAAUCCCGAACUGCCACCAUUGAGAGAUGUACAGAAAAUAUUGAUCACUGAACCAAAACAAAUUUAUUUCAUUUAUUCGGGUGAAUAUUUAAACAUAUUCAAUAUUCAGCCUAAUUUCUUAGAAAUCAAUUUAUCAAUUUUGUAUGAAGAAAAUGUAUUGAAUUCAGGAAUGGGAAGUCAAUGGCCCGGAAUGGCUCGGCAACUAAUUUCAAUACCUGCUUUUGAUGAAUCAUUACGAAUUUCCAGUGCAGCAGUCAAAGAUUUUGGUUAUGAUGUAUACAGCAUGUUACAGAAGGAUGAUGCUGAACUUUACAAAAAUAAUACUCUUAAUUGCAUGCUAGCAAUCACAGCUAUACAAAUAGCUCUUACCGAUGUUUUGUCGUUAAUGGGAGUACAUCCUGAUGGCAUUAUCGGUCAUUCAACCGGUGAAAUGUGUUGUGGCUAUGCAGAUGGCGGCCUCACUCGUGAACAGACCAUGUGUUUAGCUUAUUAUCGAGGAUCAACAAUAAUGAAUGGUAAAAUAGAAGGUAGUAUGGCAGCUGUAGGAUUAACAUGGGAGAAGGCUAAAGCCAGAUGCCCACCGGGGGUUGUACCAGCUUGUCAUAAUGGUGCUGACACAGUAACAAUAUCUGGUGACACAGAAGUUGUAAAAAAAAUGGUCGAAGAACUUCAACAAGAAGAUAUCUUUGCUAAAAACGUUGAAGAAUCAAUGCUUAAAGCAAUGCGAACAGUUAUACCAAAUGCAAAACCAAGAACAUCGCGAUGGAUUUCGACAUCCAUUCCAGAAUCAGAGUGGGAUAGUGAACUUGCACAAAUGUGUAGUGCAGAAUACCAUACCAAUAACGCAAUGAGUCCUGUAUUAUUUUAUGAAUCUCUCCAAAAAGUUCCGCCUAAUGCAGUUACAAUUGAAAUCGCACCCCACUGCAUAAUGAACGCAAUUCUUCGACGAUCAUUGCAGAAAACAUGCACUAACGUUGGAUUAAUGAAUUCAAAAGAAAAAGAACGUGAGCUUGAAGCUUUUCUCCAGGCUCUCGGCAAAAUUUAUCAAACUGGUGUUACAAUUCAUGUUGAAGCUUUAUACCCAUCAGUGCAAUAUCCAGUGCCUGUCGGAACGCCAAUGAUCUCAUCUAUUUGGAGAUGGGACCAUAGCCAAGAUUGGCCAGUAAUAGAUGGUAAAACGCUUUCUGCUGCAGGUGGUGGACAAGUAGCUGCGACAGCAAGCUAUACAAUCGAUCCAUUUGCAGCCGAUUCUAAAGAAACAUAUUUGCUUGACCAUAUGAUUGAUGGACGUAUAUUAUAUCCGUUUACUGGUCACAUGGUACUUGCGUGGAAAGCAAUAGCUAAGUUACGGGGAGUGGAUUAUCAAAAAACACCCGUCAUUCUUCAAGACAUUAAUGUUUAUAGUGCAACAAUCGUUACUAAACCUUUUCGUCUCGAUGUUAUAAUAACACCCGGGAAUGGAUAUUUCGAAAUUCUUGAUGGUGAACAAUUGGCUGCUUCUGGCAAUAUUCAGAUAGUCGACGAAAAUGUACCAUUUUAUUACAAAGAUUUUGACAUGAUUGAAACUUCACAACUUGCUGAAAGAAUUGAACUCGAUACUGAGGAUGCAUACAAAGAAUUCUUAUUACGUGGUUAUGAAUAUGGCCAGUCAUUCCGCGGAAUUUAUCGGACAUGCAACAGUGGUGAGCGUGGAAUGCUUUAUUGGACAGGAAAUUGGGUUACAUUUUUGGAUUCAUUGCUGCAAACAGCGCUCCUUGCAGAACGUGGUGAUAGCCUUCGAUUACCAACUAGAGUGCGUUAUCUUCGAAUUGAUCCCAUAAAGCAUUUGGAGCAUAUUAUUGAAAAAGAUGGCAUUCAAGUAAUCGAACUCCGUAAUGAUAUUGCUACACGAGGUUGUAUAGCAGGUGGGGUUGAAUGUUGUGAUCUCACUGCACAUACUGUAUCACGACGUAUGCAAUCUGCAGGACAAAUAUUUUACGAAAAAAUUUAUUUCGUUAAUCAUUUCGAUGAUCAUGCACUGGAUGAAUUUCCUCGCCAUCGAAAUGCUUUAAUAAAUUAUCGCAGUUUUAUUCGCUCAAUUCUCGCAAACGGCUUAGCGAAAUGGGAAGUGGCAGGUGUACUAAAGAAAUUUAAAAAUGGUGAAUUGCUUUCUGAUGCCGUUAAAAGCAUCGCCAAUUAUAUGACUUCCGUCAGUGAUGUUGAACAUAAAAUGUGGCUUGAAGAUUCGAAAUCAUCCGUUGCCGUUGCAUUUGAUGAAAUAUUUGCGACAGAGAUAGGAGCAGACAUAGACGAAUUUGAACGCAAAAUUGCUGAAAAAAUGUCAGCUAUGAUGAAAAUCAUGGACCACGAUCGUUUAUGGAGUGGAGCACUUGUGCAUGACCGUAUUAUUAAAGCAAUUUUGGAUAUGUGCAUGGAGAAUUCAGCUGGACAUAAAAGUAAGAUCUGUGCAGUUGAAUUAAAUACUACAGAUCAGCUGAAAAUAUGUUUGGAUGCUCUUAGUUCUCAUCCACUAAUAGAAGUUGAGUCACUUUGUGUUGGCCCAAAAGUCGAUAGCAUGGAUGAGAGCAGCUUGCUGCAGUUAGGCUCAAAAAAAUAUAAAGUUGAUCUCGAUGAUAAGAAGGCAUCGUUCGCUAUUGAAAUGCAAAAUUGCAAUGUUCUUUUGCUCGACAAAGUUCUUUCCAGGAAAAAAGAUAUUGUUUCUUACUUAAACAAAUGUAAAGAACUGCUAAUAGAUGAUGGCUUCAUGGUUAUAAUCGAACCAACAUCUGAUUUUGAGAUUGCAUUGGCUAUUCAAGGCUUACUGGGCGAAGAUCUUAAAAUUGGUGAUAGUCAUCGUAAAUUUGGGACAUAUUUCACUCAUGAAAAUCUUGUUAAAAUAUUCAGUGAAUGUAAUCUUCGGCUUUGCAAUUAUCAAACUGAUCCCUCAUUGAUGACUACCACAUAUGCGAUCCGAAAAAUUUCAUCACUUCCAAAAGACCCUGUUAUUGUCGAUGUUGAUGACAUAAAAGAAUUUUCUUGGAUCGAACCAGUACAGACGAUAAUUGAGGAGCGACUUAAUGAACCUGAUAACAAGACCAUUUGGCUAACAAGUACGACUGUGCGCAACAAUGGUGUGGUUGGUCUUGCUCUUUGCUUCCGCGAAGAAAAUCUCAAAUCAAAUCGUUUUCGAACAUUAUUGGACCUCAGUAUAAAACCUGAAAAUCGGACUGGAAAACCACAGUUGAAACUUGACGACGAGAAUGUAAAACAUUUAAUGGACCUUGAUUUACACGCGAAUAUCUAUCGCGAUGGAAAAUGGGGAUCGUUACGUCAUUUCGUUGUGAAAGAAGAUGAGAUGCACCAAUAUAAAGAAGUCCAACAUGCCUUUAUCAAUACAUUGGUUCGAGGCGACGUAAGCUCUUUAACAUGGUUCGAAUCACCAAAUCAGUUUUUCGAUGAUUUUGCGAAGGACAAUCAUUGUGAGAUGGAAAUGUGUUAUGUAUAUUAUGCAGCAAUAAAUUUCCGUGAUGUUAUGCUCGCUUAUGGUAGACUACCACCAGAUGCGAUUCCUGGACAGUUUGCUGAUCGUGAAUGCCUUCUUGGAACGGAAUAUUCUGGUCGUUUAAAAGAUGGUACUCGUGUGAUGGGUAUUCUCCCUGCUCAAGCACUAGCAACAUCAGUUCUAGCCAAUCCUGGUUUCUAUUGGAUCGUCCCCGAUAGUUGGUCAUUGGCUGAUGCAGCAACAGUACCUGUGGUUUACAGCACAGCUUAUUAUGCUCUUGUCAUCAGAGGCCAAAUACGCAAAGGAGAAAAGGCAUGUUAUUUUCGUUCACUAUGCUAUUUUUAUUAUUUACUAUUAUUUAUACUAAUUCAUGGUGGAUCUGGUGGAGUCGGCCAAGCAGCGAUAGCCAUUGCUCUAUCAUACGAUUGCGAAGUUUUUACUACAGUUGGAAAUGCGGAAAAGCGAGCUUUCUUACAGAAAAGAUUUCCACAAUUGAAAGACAAGCAUUUUGCCAACUCUCGUAAUGCAGACUUUGAAAUUCACGUUCGACGUCAAACUAAAGGAAGGGGAGCUUCGGUACGUUGUUUGGCUUAUCAUGGGCGAUUUCUUGAGAUUGGUAAAGUCGAUCUAUCACAGAAUUCACCACUUGGUAUGGCUGUUUUCUUAAAAAAUGUUACUUUUCAUGGCAUCCUGGUUGAUGCCAUCAUGGAUCCUGGAGUUGGCAACCGUGAAGAUUGGAAGAAUGUGGCAAGCUUUCUUCAAGAGGGUAUUAAAAGUGGAAUAGUUCAACCGCUUUCACACACCACUUUUUCAAGUGAAAAAGCCGAAGAAGCAUUCCGAUAUAUGUCAGCAGGAAAACACAUUGGCAAAGUUUUAAUGGAGAUUCGCAAAGAAGAACCUGAGCGAGUUUGCAUCCCAUCACCAAUAAAAGUUCAAGCAAUAUGUAGAACAUUAUGCCAUCCUCAUCAUGUAUACCUCAUAACUGGUGGAAUAGGAGGCUUUGGUCUUGAACUUGCUCAAUGGCUGAUAAAUCGAGGAGCUAGAAAACUUGUAUUAUCAUCACGUUCCGGCAUACGUACGGGAUAUCAAGCACGAUGUGUGCAUUUUUGGCGUAGAACUGGAAUAUCUGUGCUCGUAUCGACUCUAAACAUUUCGAAGCCCUCGGAUGCUCAGGAACUGGUUCUUCAAUGUCAAUCUAUGGGAGUAAUUGGUGGUGUCUUCCACCUAGCGAUGGUGUUGCGCGAUUGCCUUUUUGAAAAUCAGAAUGUGCAAAAUUUCAAGGAUGCAGCUGAAGCGAAAUAUUAUGGGACUCUUAAUCUUGAUAAAGCUACACGAGAUGUCUGUGGCAAAGAUCUUCGCUGGUUUGUGGUAUUCUCCUCAAUUACAUCGGGCCGUGGAAAUGCAGGACAGACUAAUUAUGGAUGGUCUAAUUCAACGAUGGAACGAAUAAUUGAACAUCGACGCGAAGAUGGAUAUUCGGGAAUCGCUAUACAGUGGGGUGCCGUUGGUGACGUUGGCGUGAUUUUAGAAAAUAUGGGUGAUAAUAAUACUAUUGUUGGUGGUACAUUGCCGCAAAGAAUGCCAUCAUGCCUGGCCGCUUUGGAUCUUUUCUUAUCAUGGAACCAUCCAGUUGUUGCCAGUUACAUAAAAGCUGAUUUGGGUGCGAAGAAAACGAUAGGUGGUGGCAAUUUAAUACAAACUAUUGCUCACAUAUUGGGUGUCAAUGAUAUAUCGCAGUUGAAUCCCGACGCUAACCUUGGAGAUCUCGGUCUCGACUCAUUAAUGGGUGUUGAAAUCAAGCAAGCGCUUGAAAGGGACUAUGAUAUUGUUCUCUCGAUGAAAGACAUAAGGACGCUUACAUUGAACAAACUGCAACAAAUGGCAGAUACAGGUGGCUCACCAUCUACAGUUCUUCAAACGACCGAACUGGAACUGAAAAAAGAGGGUGAAAAGGAAGCAGAACAGAAUACCGUUGAACAACUCGAAAGGCAAAUGAACCAAUUAUUCAAGAUGCGAGUUGAUGUGAACGAUCUCGAACCAAUGGAUCUCGUUUUGAAAUGUAAUAAAGUUGACGAAGGACCACCAACUUUCUUUGUUCAUUCGAUUGAAGGAAUUGCAACACCGCUUAAGAAAGUUAUGUCCAAAUUCAACUUUCCUGCUUAUUGCUUCCAGUCAACUCGAGAAGUUCCGCAAGAUUCAAUCGAAAAAGUCGCCCUUAAAUACAUUUCUGAAAUGAAAACGAUUCAACCGAAAGGCCCUUAUCGGAUAGUUGGUUAUUCAUACGGUGCAUGCAUCGGCUUUGAAAUGGCAACUAUUCUUCAAGAAACAGAUGGUGAUAAUUCUGUUGAGAAGCUUAUUCUCUUAGAUGGAUCUCACCUCUACAUGCAAACUUAUAGAAAUGUUUAUCGCAUGGCAUUUGGAGUUACCGGAGACACACUCGUAAAUAAUCCACUUUUCGAAUCUGAAAUAAUGUGUGCAAUGACUCUCAGAUUUGCUAAUGUCGAUUACAAGAAAUUCCGAGUGGAAUUGUUGCAGCAACCUGGAUUUAGAGCCCGAGUUCAAAAAGUUAUAGACACAGUUAUGACCACUGGUUUGUUUAAUUCGGCUGAAACGAUUGAUUUUGCUUGUUGCGCUAUGCGAUCCAAAUUUGUUAUGGCUGACAAGUAUAAACCAGAGCGGAAAUUCAGAGGACAUAUAACACUUAUAAGAGCUGAACAAGGAGCAGCUCGUGAAGAAGAUGUUGGUCAUGACUACGGGAUAUCACAGGUUUUACCUUUUAAUACUUCGUAG